UUAAAUAUGAUCAAAGGUAAUGACUUUUACGCGAUCGUGACGGCCAUGGUGCCGUUAUACGUCGCCAUGUUUCUCGCGUACGGCAGCGUGAAAUGGUGGAAGGUCUUCACCCCGGCCCAAUGCUCCGGAAUCAACCGUUUUGUAGCCAUAUUCGCAGUCCCUUUCCUCUCUUUCCAUUUCAUUUCCAUGAACAAUCCGUACACCAUGAACUUUCACUUCCUACUCGCCGACACCCUUCAGAAACUCAUCAUGCUGGUAGGACUCGGCUUGUGGGCCAAGUUCACGAAAACCGGGUCCUUUGAAUGGGUCAUCACCAUAUUCUCGCUCUCAACGCUCCCAAACACUCUAGUGAUUGGGAUCCCGUUGGUGAGCGCGAUGUAUGGUGACAUGUCAUCAUCAUUGAUGGUUCAAGUGGUGGUAUCGCAAUGCAUCCUUUGGUACACUUUACUUCUUUUCUUUUUCGAGUUUCGUGGUGCAAAGAUGCUGAUCAUGGAAAAGUUCCCUGAAUCCGGACACGAUAUUGCUUCCAUUAAGGUUGAUUCAGAUGUAGUUUCUCUUAAUAAUAAUAAUAAUGGGCAAGAUUAUUUUCUCGAAACGGGGGCGGAAUUAGGAGAAGAUGGGAAACUUCAUGUCAGGGUGAGGAGAUCGAAUGUGUCUAGAAACUCGAUAGAUUUAAUCUCCCUUUCGGGGGUCGAAAUCUAUAGUCUGAACUCUUCGGCUAUUCAAUCGCCAAGAGGUUCUAAUUACAACAACCAAACAGAUUUUUAUGCAAUGGGGAGGUUGUCGAAUUUCAGCCCAGCAGUGGAUUUGUAUUCUGUUCAGUGGUCGAAGGGCCAAAAAGAAUGGCAAAGUAAAACAAGUCGUGAUGAACACACCUUUGUUCGGAGCACGAGUGCCCCCAUUCGGUCCAAAGCUGGUCAUCCCCAAAAUGGAAAAAUCGAAGGAUACAAUUAUACAUACGAAAUAUUAUUAGGUAAAGAUAAAGAGGGGAUCAAACAUAGGGUGGACUCUGCGUCAGAGCACCACCACAACACAACAACAAUUCCCGAGGAAGGGCCUGGAAAGCAGCUGCCCUCGGCGAGUGUGAUGAUUCGUUUGAUAAUGAUGAUGGUUUGGCGAAAACUUGUUAGGAACCCUAAUACAUACGCUAGCAUUAUAGGUCUAAUUUGGGCGCUUGUCUCUUUUAGGUGGCAUGUGAAAAUGCCAAAUAUACUAGGAAAAUCAAUUUCGUUGAUUUCCAAUACUGGUCUUGGAAUGGCUAUGUUUAGCCUAGGUUUAUUUAUGGCGCUUCAACCUAAGAUGAUAGCAUGCGGGAAAUCAAAGGCCACACUUGCUAUGGCGGUGAAGUUUGUAUUAGGACCGUUGGUAAUGGCGGUGGCAGCUUUCAUAGUUCACCUCCAUGGUACCCUCUUUCGUAUCUCCAUUGUUCAGGCUACAUUAUCGGUGGGGAUCGUACCUUUUGUAUUUGCCAAGGAAUACAAUGUUCAUCCGACAAUUCUUAGUACCGCGGUUAUAUUUGGAAUGCUGAUAACGGUUCCUAUAACUAUAUGCUACUACAUCAUUCUCCAACUCUGAAACUAAUUGGCCGGAAGACAUGCACCCGGGGUUAGUUAAUUAUUAAGCUUUGUAAACCAUUAUUACUAGCUAGGACUAGUUAUAAUUGGUUUAGGACAACUAUGUAAUUGUUCUUUCAUAAUGAUAGUUUUGUGUACGUACGUAGAGACUUUAUUUU